UCGACACGUUCAAAGCUAACCAGCGCUACGCUGAAAGGUUUCAUUUCCAGGUAAAACCUAAACCGCCACCACUGUUGCUAAAACCAGAGGAGGUUCUUCUCGUCUCGGUUAGAGAUAUUGAAAAGGAAUUAAAAGUAGCAUAUCAAAUUGAGCUCUUGUUUCGAUCAAUUGAAGGUGGCUUGACAGGGCUAUGACGCAGUUUUAAGUGAUGGAUAGUUAGUAAGCAUAGCUGCUGGUUUCAUCUCAUGAAACUCUUUUAAUAAGACUAUCAGGUAACUGAGGAUGGAAGCACAAAAAAGUAAAAAACAGUCUUCACCUGCUGCUGCAACCCCACCCAUGGCUUCAUGUCGAAAGAAGAAGAAUGAGGAAGCCACAUUCUUGGAGGAUUUCAAGGAGCACAUUGAUGAGUUCGUGCAUGCAUCUAUGGAUGAACACAAAACUUGCUUCAAGAAGACCAUACAGAAGAUGUUUGGAAUGUCAAAGAUUGUUGCAGAAAGGAGUUCAGAAGCAAAGGGAGUUGAAAGCUCUCUGCCCCUCCAAACAACGUUGUCAGACUAGAAUGUCUCCCCCUCUUUGGUGACAGCUUUAUAUCUAGUUGGCAAGAUCCAUUUCAUUUUUCAUAUGAAAACUUAUUUUUAAUAAGAUUAUAGGUCUACCACA